AUGGCUGUCGACGUCGUCGCCGACUCCGAACGUCUGGGCCUUCGGCUGCCCAACCCGCCGCCGCUGUUGCAUACCCGCGGCGAGUCCUUCGACCGCCCCUCCACCCCCGCCGAACAUGGCUUCACCAGUCCAACACAAACCCCCCAGGGCAGUCCGAGCAAAUCCAGACCUCCGCCAGGAUCCCUGGACCUGCCCAAUGUCUUUGACAAGGCGCUCAAAUUGACACCAACCUCGCCCAACAAAGCUACCCAUAAUCAUCUGAACCAUCCCAUGUUUACGCCCGAUAAGAGUCACCUCGACAGCUUCAACGAGAGCGUCAUCCACCAGCGACCCUCCAGUCCCAGUCGCAGUCGGGCUAAUAAGGAAAACACGCCACCGACCAGUACGCGACUGCCCAAAGACCUCGGGUCCAAGCCGACCGCGGCCGCCCUAUCGCGCCAUGAGCCCUACCAGCAGCGCGAUGCGGAUACCUCCCGGCGCCAGGUGCAGCUGCGCGGGCUGACUCCCGAGGAAAUGGAAAAGUUGCAACAGCCGCGCGUGAAGCGACUGGUCAAUGUGACUCAACUAUAUUUCCUCGAUCAUUACUUCGAUCUCCUCAGCUACGUGCAUAAUCGGCAAACGCGACACGCACAGUUCAAGUCCGCAUACCCCGAACCCCCGGCGACCUCCGACGAAGAGUACCAGCCCGCAUUGUUGAAGUACCUCGGUCGUGAACGCGCUCAUCUGCGUAAGCGGCGCACUCGACUGCGCCAACAUGACUUCCAGAUUCUCACACAGGUCGGUCAAGGUGGAUAUGGACAGGUCUACCUGGCCCAGAAGAAGGAUACCCGCGAGGUCUGCGCCCUCAAGGUCAUGAGCAAGCGACUGUUAUUCAAGCUGGAUGAAAUUCGACAUAUUCUGACCGAACGCGAUAUCUUAACGGCGGCCAAGAGCGAGUGGCUGGUACGAUUGUUGUACGCCUUUCAAGACGACGAUCAGAUCUACUUGGCCAUGGAGUACGUGCCCGGUGGCGAUUUCCGCACCCUGCUCAACAACACAGGAGUCUUGCACAACCGCCAUGCCCGAUUCUACAUUGCUGAGAUGUUCAGCUGUGUCGAUGCAUUGCAUCAGCUGGGCUACAUUCAUCGCGACCUCAAGCCCGAAAACUUUUUGAUCGAUUCUACCGGCCAUGUCAAAUUGACCGAUUUUGGUCUGGCCGCCGGCAUGCUGAGCCCCGGGAAGAUCGAGUCGAUGCGGGUCAAACUGGAAGAAGUCGGCAAUACCCCGGUUCCUUUUGGUCGACCCAUGGAACAGCGAACCAUGGCCGAGCGUCGUCAGGGGUAUCGAUCACUGCGGGAGCGUGAAGUCAAUUAUGCCAAGUCGAUUGUGGGAUCCCCGGAUUACAUGGCGCCCGAGGUGUUGAAGGGAGAAGAGUACGAUUUCACGGUCGACUACUGGAGUCUGGGCUGCAUGCUCUUCGAGGCCUUGGCAGGUUAUCCUCCCUUUGCCGGCGCUACGGUCGACGAAACCUGGCAGAACCUGAAACGAUGGCAGAAAGUUCUUCGGAAGCCUGUGUAUGAGGAUCCAAACUAUUUCCUGUCACGGCGGACCUGGGAUUUAAUCACUACGUUGGUUGCCUCCAAGGACACUCGGUUCAAAAACAUCCAGGAAAUCCAUGCGCACGACUACUUUGCCGAGGUCGACUUUACCCGGCUGCGAGAACAACGAGCGCCGUUUGUCCCCGAACUGGAUUCCGAGACGGAUGCCGGUUACUUUGACGAUUUUAGCAACGACGCCGACAUGGCCAAGUACAAGGAAGUGCACGACAAGCAGCGAGCUUUGGAGGAAAUGGCCGAGCGAGACGAGAAGAUGAAUAAGGGCUUGUUUGUUGGAUUUACAUUCCGACAUCGCAAACCCGCCGUUGACGGCGCCGGUCGCAGCUCGCCUCGUAAACCGAUUGCCACAGAUGGAACCUUUGGCACCAUAUUCUAG